AUGUUAACUUCAGUAGAGAGUAUUGUUUCCACCAUUGCAUUGGUAGAAUUGGUCCCUGGAGUGUUUGCUAACGCUUUCAUCGCCACAGUGAGCUGCGUUGCCUGCAUGAAGACACAGAAGCUCUCCUCGGCUGAUAAAAUUCUCUUUGCUGUGGCAGUCUCCAGGUUUGGCUUGCUCUGGGCAAUGAUAAUAAAUUGGUAUAUAUUUAUGUUUAAUCCCGGGUUACACGGGCCAGGAAGAGGCACUAGUAUCAUUUUUUGGAUAGUAAUGCAUCAUUUUAGCAUCUGGUUUGCUUCUGGCCUCAGCGUCUUUUAUUUGUUCAAAAUUGCCAAUUUUUCUAACCUUACUUUUCAUCACCUGCAGUGGAGAGUUGAAAGAGUUGUUCUGGCAGUACUACUAGGAAGUUUGGUCUUUUUGGGUUUUCAACUUGCGGUGGAAAUCACAGAAAACCGAAUAUUGAAGAAUACGUACGAAGGAAACAUGACGUUGAAGACUGAAUUGGGUGUCACUCAUGCUCUUUCCAGCCUGACUGUAUUCACCCUGGAAAACAUCAUACCCUUUACGAUGUCCCUGAUUUCCCUCCUGCUGUUAAUCUUCUCUCUGUGGAAACAUCUCAAGAAGAUGAAGUUCAAUGGCACAGGGUCCCAAGAUGCCAGCACCAAGGCCCACAUAAAAGCCAUGCUCAGUGUGAUUUCCUUCCUCUUGCUGUUCACCAUUUCGGUCUUCUGUCUAAUUAUACCAGCGUGGCUGUUGAAGAUGCUUCAGAACCAGAAGACGCUCCUGCUUCUUCAGAUGAUUUCAAUUACCCUUCCGUCAAGCCACUCCCUUAUCCUGGUCGUCGUAAACCCAAAGCUAAAAAAGGCCCUUUUGUCGCUGCUUGGGCAAUGGAAGGAAAGGUUGGGGCUGACAUAA